AUGUCUUCUGAUUUAGCCACUGACCUAGGGUUUGACCCUUCCUUGAAGAAGAAGAAGAAGAGUAAGAAGGUUGCACCAGAAAAUUUAGAAGUAGAGGAUAAAGAAACUGAAAAAUCGAGCAGUAAUUCCACCGGUGAAGAUGACCUAUUUUCUGGUUUGAAGAAGAAGAAGAAGAAGUCAAAGUCUCCUGCUGCGGAACCUAGUGAAUCCGUAGAUGAAAUAUCAGAAGCACUUGGUGAAUUGAAAUUAAAGAAAAAGAAGAAGUCGAAGGAGGCAGAAUUAGAUGAUUUUGAAAAACAGCUGGCAAGUGCAGGUGUUAACGUCGAUGGUGGUAACACUCAAGAAUCCACUCCUGUAUUGGAAUCUAGUGUUCAACAAGAUGUUGGUCUAUCUUAUCCAGGUUUGCUAUCCAGAUUUUUCGAUAUAUUGAGAACCAAUAACCCAGAGUUGGCAGGUGACAAAUCUGGACCUAAAUUCAGAAUUCCACCACCUGUAUGUUUGCGUGAUGGUAAGAAGACUAUUUUUUCCAAUAUUCAGGAUAUUUCAGAGAAAUUGCAAAGAUCUCCUGAACAUUUAAUCCAAUAUCUUUUCGCAGAAUUGGGUACUUCAGGUUCCGUGGAUGGUCAAAAGCGUCUAGUCAUUAAGGGUAAAUUCCAACCUAAACAAAUGGAAAAUGUUUUAAGACGUUACAUUCUGGAAUAUGUUACCUGUAAAACCUGUAAAAGUAUUAACACAGAACUUAAGAAAGAACAAUCAAACAGAUUGUUCUUCUUGGUUUGUAAAAGUUGUGGAUCUACCAGAUCCGUUUCAUCAAUCAAAACUGGGUUCCAAGCUCAUAUCGGGAGAAGAAAAAGGAUGUGA